UGCUACUGUCAAUUGUGUUCCCUAUUCUCGUCAAAAGUCGGCUGUUGUUGCUCUGAGUACAGCCAAGGCGAACGUAGUAUCUGUGUUUAGUCAGAGCAAUGCGCUCCGCGGUGACAGAUGAACGGAUCCUUUUUACUUGACGCAAACAGCAGCUCUUUUCUGCACUUUGACAUCGGUGUGUGUUGGGGAGAGGAGUAGCCUUGGGUUUCGGGUCGGAUUGUUUUCAAACAUUUUUCUUCCUCCAACACCACCUCGCUUUCAUCGUUUCUCGUCACGCACCAAGGCUUUUUUUGGUGCACAUACUGAACCUACACCACCUCGAGGACAAGCAAGACUGGGCACGUUGAAGACUUGUUGCGCGCAUCCGGGGAGCGCACCAGUCCAGUUUUCAUCCAAGUCGAUAUACUGUACCUGCGUGUGAUGCUCUGAUUCCAACAGUGAGUCAUUUAGCGGAGCGGGGAUGGACUGUGGAGAGCAGCUCAGACUAAAAGCCUGAAGUCAGCAGGGCUUGGUGCUCAGUGACUAUGAGAAUCUGUUCAUAAUUAACGGAAUUGGGGUGAUAAGUUUCCUCUGGUGUGUUCCAGCUGCUGGUGAACUGGUGAACUGCUGAGCGGCUGAGGCUUUAGGAAAACAAGAGCCCAUUUCUCCUUUAAAUGGCAUCAGCGCGCCGCCAAGUCAAACCUUAUUCGGGUCAGAUCCGACGACUUAAUUAAUUUCCCUUCUCCACGGCGUUUCAAAUCGAGCCCUCCUUCUCAACGACAUGUCUGAGCGUGAUGGAUAUGGAGACGGGCUGUGCAGCGACGGCGCGCCGGAGUGCGUCCCGCCGAGAGCGUCCCGUGGCCGGCGGAGCGGUGUCAUCCUCCCUGGUGGCGGCCAGGACACCGAGACCAUCCUCCUGGAUUCGGUGAAGGCAGCACCUCGCCGGAGCAGUAUCAUUAAGGAUCCCUCAGCGCAGAAGGUGGGCGGAGGCAGGAAGAAGACUGUGUCCUUCAGUAGCAUGCCCUCUGAGAAGAAGGUGAGCAGUGCAGCAGACUGCUUGGCGUUCAUGCAGGGUGGGUGUGAACUGAAGAAGAUCCGGCCCAAUUCCAGGGUUUACUGUCGUUUCUACACCCUGGACGCAGACCUUAGCUGCUUACGCUGGGAACCGUCUAAGAAGGAUGGGGACCGGGCUCGGCUGGACGUCUCCAGCAUGCGAGAGGUUCGCAUUGGGAAGAGCACCGAGACAUUCCUCCAUAACGGCCCUCUCUUUGAACAGCUGGCUGAGGAGGCAGCCUUCUCUAUCAUACAUGGGGAUGACUACCAGUCCCUGGACUUGGUUGCAUUGUCGGCAGAUGUGGCCAACAUAUGGGUGACGGGCCUUCGCUAUUUGUUGGCCCACCCCUCAAUCAUCGGGGGAGCUGGGGGAGGUGGAGGAGGAGGGCUGGGUGAAGGAGGGGGGCUGGCGGUAGAGGGCAGCCUGGGAGGCAAGAUUAGGAGUGAGUGGCUGGCGGCGGAGUUUGCCCAGGUGGAUGAAGAUGGCUACGGCAUCGUGUCAGAGGACGUGGCAGUCGCCACCAUCUGUAAACUCUGCCCCGGUAUCAAGGAAGCCAAGGUACGUCUGCGUUUUAAGGAGAUCCAGCGCAGCAAGGAGAAGCUGACCUCCCACGUGACACUUGAGGAGUUCCAGGAGGCAUUCUGUGAGCUUUGCACCCGGCCCGACGUCUACUUCUUAUUGGUGCAACUGUCGAAGGACCGCGAGUGUCUGGACCCUCAGGACCUCCGUCUCUUCUUGGAGACUGAGCAGGGUUUGUCUCUGGCGACAACCGAGGGCUGCUGGGAGCUCCUGAGGCGCUUUGAGCCCUCGGCCCAGGGCAGGGAGCGGGGGCUUCUGGGUCUGGAUGGAUUCGCUCGUUACCUGCAGUCUCCGGAGUGCCAGGUGCUCGACCCCGAACACCUGGGAGUUUGUCAGGACAUGAACAUGCCUCUGUCCCACUACUACAUCAGCACCUCGUACCGCUCCUACCUACUGGAUGACCAAGUCCACGGCAGAGCAGACCUAGGAGGUCUGAUCAAGGCCCUGCAGUCUGGCUGUCGAUGCGUGGAGCUGGGAGUGACUGAUGGUCCAGAGGGGGAGCCUCUCCUUGGAGUGGACUAUGGGCCAGAUAUCCCUCGUCACCAUCACCACCACCAUCACCACCACCAUACGCUUGUCACUAUCCGCUCUGCUCUGGAGGUGGUCAAUAAGUAUGCCUUCCUGACUUCUCAGUACCCACUCCUGUUGUACUUGUGCCAGCGCUGCUCUCCUGCCCAGCAGCGUACCAUGGCUCAGCACAUGAAGAAAGUGUUUGGCUCCCGUCUUUACACUCCAGAGGCCCUCCCUGUCAGCUUGGGAGGGCGAGCCACAACCUUACCCUCCCCUGAGCAGCUGAAGGGACGCAUCCUGAUAGUGGGGAAGAAGCUCCCUCAAGAGCAGCCGGGCUCUGAUGGGGAGAUAUCUGAGGAGGAUGAGGAGAUAGGAGGAGGGGGGCCUCUGGCAGGACGGCGAAUGACCAUCCCUGGUGAGGAAGAACUGGGUGUGGUCUUGGUAGUGCCUCCGCCCUCUCAACCCAGGAAGCUGCGGCUCCACAAAGAGCUGUCAGACCUGGUGGCUAUCGGUCGGACGGGCAGCCGCAGCUUCUACGCCCAGAGAGCCAGUCACAAACAGCAGCAGUCACCACCCAGCAGUCCCUCCUCUCCCAGCACGCCAAUGCUUCCUGAGCCGCCUUAUUGGACAUUGUGCUCCCUGGGUGAGGGAGAGGCCGGGCGGCUGUCCACUGAGAGUCCAGAGGACCUUGUAGUGUUCACCAAGCGCACCCUAACCCGGGUACGACCCAGUUCAGUGCGUCUGGACUCCAGUAACCCCAACCCUCAAGGAUACUGGAAAGGAGGGGUCCAGCUUGUGGCCUUGAACCAGCAGACUCCCGGCGCCAUGCUGGACCUUCACAGAGGUCGCUUCUCACAGAACGGAGGGUGUGGUUAUGUUCUCCGACCCGCUGUAAUGAGGGAUGAGGUGUCGUAUUUCAGUGCCCACACGCAGGGCUGUGUGCCAGGAGUGCCGGCUCAAACUCUACGGAUUAAGGUUAUCAGUGCCCAUAACCUGCCCAAGCCUCAGGGAUCAGGGGCUAAAGGUGAGGUCAUUGACCCGUACGUGGUUCUGGAGCUGCAUGGCGUACCGGCUGACUGUGCUGAACAGCGGACACGCACCGCUGCUCAGAACCAGGACGACCCGCUGUUUGAUGAGACCUUUGAGUUUCAAGUAAACAUGCCAGAGCUGGCCUUGCUGCGUUUCGUGGUAUUAGAUGACGACUACAUUGGGGACGAUUUCAUUGGCCAGUACAGUGUGGCCUUUGAGUGCCUUCAGCCUGGUUAUCGCAAUGUGCCCCUGCUGGGCAUGGCGGGGGACCCCUUACCCCACACCAGCCUGUUUGUCCAUGUGGCGAUCACCAACCGGCGAGGAGGCGGGAAGGCCCAGCGACGAGGUCUGUCAGUGAGGAGGGUAGGGAGGCGUGGGCGGGAGUACGUCACACUAAGGCACACUGGCAUCAAGGUGGUGGACGAGACUUUCAAGCCGGCUGUGCACCUCAAAGAGGCAACGGACCUGCGGGAGGAUGCUCAGAGCACCACCUCCAGUUUCAAAGAGCAGUGUGGGCUCCCCACGGUGGCCAAACUGAAGCAGUGCAUCCAGAGCCUGGCCACCAGGCUGCAGAGCCCCGAGGGCAUUAUGGGGGCCACCAUGGUGCUGAAGGAGGGUUACCCGUGUCUGGAGCCUCUGGUCAGCCUCUCAGAGCCGACACGCAAACUGCUUGCUGCCUACGACACGAUGAUUGCCGCCCAGAAACAGCUGAUUGAGAAUGCAGAUGCUGUUCAGGAGAGGAUCGCCCAGGUGCAGAGAGAAGGCAUGGACUUCCAUGAGGAUCUUUCUCGGCUUGGGGAAAAGGAGGGACUGAAGGGACGCAAGCUAAGCAAAGCUGUGGAGAGUUUCACCUGGAACAUCACUGUGCUCAAGGGUCAGAGUGAUCUGUUACGGGGAGCUAAGAUGGAUUCCCUGGAUGCCCUGAGGCAGCUGGCCUUGGCAUGUGAAGCCUGUGGACUCACCUCCUCGUCCUCUUCCUCCAACUCCUCGUCCUCCACCUUCUCCACUGCCGAGCUGCACUACUCCUCCCACCCCCUGUCAGGCCGUCGAAGCAGCACACACGGCAACGGACGCAUCUGAUACCCCUCCCCCAUCCAAAGAUGAAAAGGGAGUGGACAGAAUAAUUACAGAGGAUAAGAGAGAAAAGGAGGCAGGAGAGCGAGAAAGACUGGUGUAAAAAGCACCACAGGAGACAUGAUUUUCUUUCUGACAGAGUGUAUCCCUUUAUCCAGUGCAGUAAGUGUCUAGACUAGCCUAGACCAGAGCAGUAUAUCUGUUAAAGCCUUAUAGUGAGUUCAAUUUAUCACUGAGGGUCCAGCCUGCGGAGAGGCUUUUCAUGAAUGUCGUAACUUUGAGGUAGUGAAACAUAGAAAGGCACUCCACGCAGGUGCUUGAAUGGUUCCUACUUUUUUUUUCUGAGAAAAAAAGUGUGACUCACAUUAUAACUCUGCAGGGUUUUCCCUCAUUAGAGGGGAAAUCAUAGACACCUGAAUAAUUUGUGACAACGGGGCUGUUGUGGAGCUGACGUUUAUGGUUCUGUUAGUGUUUCAGUUCAGAGAUAGAAUGCAGAAUGGAGUUGAUAUAGAGCUGAUGGGGCGAGUUAUUCUUUGCCUCAGCAUUUCAGCAUGUACCUUUUGAAGGCAGCAAGAUAUAUAUGUGAUUGUGUGUUUGUAUGUGUGUGCACAUGGCGGAGAGGGAAAGGUUCUUUAAGAGAUUGAUUGACAGGAUGUGACCCACAUAAAACACAGAUGAAGAGUAACUAAUUCAAGUAGCCUAGAUUUAUGGUGUAAUACUACUUUUUUAAACUCACAAAGCUUUUAUGGUAUCCCUACUUUUGUUUUUAGAUAGAACUAAAGUUACUGCAAUAAAACUUCAACUUAAGACAGAUAUAACAGACAGUAAAUGACAGGGAGUAUUUGAUGUCCACAUGAAACCUUUUCCUAUACCUGAUUGGCUGAGCGUACCCCUUGUCUUUGGUCCUCAAACGCUAAAAACAUGGUGGCUGUUCUGGUUACAUCACAUUUUUCCAAAGCUGUCAAAGCUGCAAAUUUUGUUCUUCAUUGAAUUUCAGAUGAAAAAUAGACCUCAUCUAAAGUACCAACAAUGAGGUUUGGGAGUAUGGAGCUGUAGAAAGUCACAUACAUCUGAACAUCAGCUGAUUUUAUCUAAUUGACUGACUUGUCUUUUCAGACUUCAGUCUCUUAGCAAAUACUAAGCUCUUUCCUGGUUUGUUUAAAAGGCAUUAAAUAACUCCACAGAUUAGUUGAUACAUGCAAAACAUCAAUUACCGCAUUCGACAGAUUCCGAGGAUUAGUACAUUUUCUAAACUUUAACUAAAAUACAGAAGCACUCACACACAGGGUCUUGUUAUCACCACUUGAUAGCCUUUGAGUCUGUCAUGUUCGCUUGGAGAGUGGAUAGCUUGAAACAGGAGGAAUGAGGUGUUGUGGAGAAGAGUAAUUGGAGAAGUGUGUUGAUACUGUAGUACUGCUGUAGUACAUGUGUGGAUCACAUAACCUCCUCACGACACCAGCAUGUAGGUAAUUGGACUCUGUACGUGUGCGUUUGUGUGUAGGAAGAAGAGAUUCCUGCAGCACUGAUGAAGUACACUGUAUUGAUGUAGCAAUAAUAAUAGUGGUACAUUACAAGAAAGUCAAUGAGGCUGUGUACUGGCUGAAAGAUUGAAAACAAUAUUACUAACUGUAUGGCUCAGUGAUGCUUAUAAAUGUGUAUGAAAACAACUACAAAAAUGCUGUCUACUGAUCAAGGCUUGUAGUUGUGCGUACCUGUCUGUGAUGGCCACCUCUUGGUCUUUGAGUGUAAUUGUGUAUUUCUUCUUAAUGCAGGAAAACACCUGAUAUUUGUUCUUUAACUUCAGCUUUUGUACUCAUUUUCUUGGAUCUUGUAAUGCUGCGUUUGAACCAAACUUGACAAAAGUGAUGCCAAGCAACACACAGGACUAAGCUGUUAGAUUUACCUCCUUGAAUAUUGUCACACCUUACUAUUCUCUGGUGAACAAAAGUAUAUCUCCACUGUUGGGGAUUUUUUAGUCUUUGAAAUGAAAUGGAAAUACAUGUCUCAGAAUGCAUCAUCAUCCAGCUUUAAAACUACGCUGUUUUCUUGAUUUCCAAGUCGUUAGCAUUUUGGUUUUGCAUUGGUUGAUGUAAUUUAAAAAGACAAGUAAGGCAGGUGUUUGAAAAGGUUUGAUUAACAAUUACUCAUGAUCUAGUGCACCAUAGGUAUUUUUUAAACAGUGGAUUUGAACAAAUGUAUUCCCACCUGAAUCUACUGGAGCUGAAAGUGCAGAGUGGGACAUUUUGAAUGUUAAUUCUGCCCUUUGAGGGAGGCAGGAAGGUCGACCGAUGAGAGACGAGGGUCACAGCUAAACAUUGUAACAGAUCAACCAGCCGGUGGCAUUUUGCAGUAGACGGGGUGAGAAACACUGAAACACGGGGAGGACACUGAGGUUUACCAACUUGUUAAGCCCCUUUUAAGUGCUUGUGCAGGACUACUGUUUUUUUCUGAAUGACAUCCCAUAUUUUUGUAUUCUGUUUUGUUGCCUUUCAGUUAUCUACACAUCCCUUUCCUUUUUUUAAUACUAUUAACCUCUUUUGUACCUCCA